AUGACUUUUAAUGGCCAAAUGGUCGAUGGAUGGUUAGGUGGAAUACGAAGGUUAAAUUAUAAUCUCAGAGAAUUGGAUAAUAAUCUCAGAGAAUUAUUUUACAAUAUUUUUAGUUUGAAGGUAACUUAUUGCUUGGGAAUCCUGAUUGGCGGUUAUGGAAUUUAUCAUUCACUAAUGAAAAUUCCCGAACUUUGCUUCACAAACCACCAACUAGAGCACUGUUUUACGAAUGUGAUGACAUCGGUUGUUUCUCUGACGGGUACAUUUGGUUGCUCAUUAAUUUUAAUACUAUGGCCAAUUUAUAAUGAAAUGAGUGCUGAGAGAGCUGAAAACAUAGAAGUGGGAGAUCUUAGUAUCCCUAGUAUAGGAAUAACGGAAAGCGGACAGCCUGAACAUGCCACCAUCAUUACUGGUGUGUCAUCCAGUACAAGAGUUGAAACGUCCUCUACAAAGGGAAUACAAUCGUGA